AUGCCUCCGUCAGAUGCCUCCAACACCGUGGCAGUUCGCUUCCUGGCAGACUGCCACACGAAUCUUCUCGGGGCGGCUGGCCUCCUCUCUCGGUUCGGCAAGAUCGCAAAACUAGACGCCACCCUGGCUGCCGAAACCGGGCUGGUAGUCGCGACCUUCUUCGACGUCAGAGCUGCUCAGAAGGUUCUUGCUCACUUCGAAGACAUGGCCCACCCUGUCCCAUCGCUCCCCGAGGACUUUCGUGCUGUCAGCAUUCCGCUGAAGGAUGAUCUCCAGGCCCAAGUUGAGCAGUUCUUCGGCUAUGGGGAGGUUGCCGGCAUGUGGCGCUGGGAAGAGGAGCUCGUUGUGGAGUUCUACGACCUGCGCGCCGCUCGACAGGUCAUGAUGUCGAUCCCCGCCAGCCGGCCUAGACCAGCGAAGCAUGCCGCAGAAAGCCAAGAAUUUCAGAGAAGCAAGAUUCCUGAGCCACGCCGUGCGUCAGUUGAGAUGGCUGGGUCUGCACAGGAAAUCUCGAGGGCCGUUGUUCCGGAAAAGAACACCAACAUCUCGGAGGAGGAGGCCAGUUCCCUGUGCGAGAUUGAUAUCCAGCCAGUCAACUACAUCGAGAAGCCCCUGUCCAGUGGCAACGUUCUUGGCCUGCUAGCGCUGGAGGAGAAAGGGCUCACCUUCCAAGUCAGGUAUGUGACGAUGUGGAUCCAGAGAGGCUUCCAGGAUGCUGAGAGUGGCCAGUGGGGCACGACGAUUCGAGACUUCGGGGUGCUCCAGUUCUCGAAUAUGGUGCGAGGCAAAGUUCCGAUUGUCGACAGUCUCUGGGAGUAUCCGGCGGCCUGGACCGUGGACAACAGUAUGGACACGGAGUGGACUUCGCGCUUUGGAGCUUUGGAGGCACAGCUGAUCUACGACCUCGGCUACCGUCGGAACAUAGCUGGCAUGACCUGGGUCUUCGGGCAUGUGGCGGGAAGAGUCGAUGUGCACUACGCCGACCGCAACGACAACCGCAGCAACUGGCAGCGUGCAUACUCGCUGAUCGGGAACGUCGCCACGGAUAUUGUUGUGCCGACCACUGUGCACUUCAAGUGCCGCUUUAUCCGGCUGACGCUGCACGAGCCGCGCACCCGCGAGUUCUGGCAUCCAGACCGCUACGAAGACACGGAGUACUGGGACAGCCUGCUGUCGCUGAAAGACUUCAAAGCCUACGAGCACACAGGUGGCGGUGGAGUACUGGGAUUCCAGUCCGUGGAUGGAAUGGAGUACACCACCAUAGCCUAUGGCUUGCGACAGCCGGGUGAAUGGAUCAUCAGCAGCGAGGUGGGGAGUGGGGGUAAGAUGUAG